GUUGGCUAGUAAAUGGCGGAAUCAAGUGCGAUGCUUUGUGACUAUGACUCGUCAUUGGUUAGUACAAUUUUUACCAUUAAGCUUUAUAAUCGUUGUCCUAACAGCAGUCUUCGGAUGAUGGGAGUGUUGAAGAGACACGAAGAAGUCCAAAGAGCCCUUUGAUAUCCCAGGUAAUACGCGUUCGAAAUGCAUAAUAAAGUUGCUAAGUGAAUAGUAACAUUGAAUACGAGUGGAUAUUUGAUAAUACUAGAUAGUAGAUAAUACUUUCAGGAUGAAACUGAUUAAGAAUAGCUCUUGUUUGGUUUGUACUAUUAGUCCGGGUUUUAUUGUGGAGAGAUAAUAGAACCAUUUGGUUACUUAAUACCCUUAUUCGUGCAGAAGUGUAAUAUAUUAAGUAAAACAGGCUAUUACCUAAGGUGCCCAAAGCAUGACUCAUAUUUGGUUUGAAACGCACUGAGUGUACGUGUUUCCUCACGAAAGAGAGGCAUGAUUUGUCCCGUGUUAAACACACGACGUUUUCGGUACUCUUACUUUCGAAACCAAUUUACCAGACUUACAGUUAUUAUUGCAGCAUUUUCUGUCAUGCAAGUAGUGGCCUUUAAUCUCAUGUAGGCCAUGACUCAUGGCGACAGAUCGAUAUCGUGAGAGUCCAUUCGCUAACCAUAGGGAAUGUGAACGUUUGUGGAUCUGUCAUUGUCGUUCGAUUGGAUUCUUUUUUCACCAUUCAAAUCGAUUGCCAACAAGUUUCGAAAUCGUGUUCGAUACUUGUAGUAUUUGCGCGUACAUUUAGCAAUACAUUACAACUUCUUUGCUUUUAUAACUUCACUCAUUGCUCACAGUGAAUAACAGUCCCUAUGCCGUUCGGACCUUCGAUGUUCAGUUCAGAUGACUCUGGUGUCUGAAUUCCGUUCUGCCAAGGCCUAAUGGUGUCAUAAGGACCACCGAAAGUUGUAGUUAAUUAAUUGGUGAGUCAUUGCAAUGGUGAUUGUUUUUUAAACAAAUUUUGAAGUGUGCUUUUAGUGUUUUGUGAAUUUAGGUCUGUAUGAUAGAUUGUUUCUUUUCUCAGGAGGAAACUAAGAAUGCUGCUACAGUUAAAGAUGGCGUUCAACUCACUGUCGAAACAAAAAAGAACUCUUCUAUGGUUGUAUCUCCAGCACCUAGCUACAUUAUUGAUGGUAAACGUCGGUCGAGGAGUCGUGAACAUAGUCCUUCAAGGCGACACCGCAAACGAAGUUGUGCGCCCAGAUCUGAUCGCAGAAGUCCAAGUGAACGUGUAAGCUCUUCAAAACACAAACGUUCAUCCCACCAUUCGAGGCACAAACAUUCAUCCAGAAAGCAUCAUCACCGUGACUCCUACUGUAGUGACUAUAAACAUCGUUAUCGCCGAAAGCAUCGACGUCACAGUUCAACUUCAUCCUCCAGUUCAUCUAGUGAUACCAGCCCUGAAAGCAAACCUAGUCGGCGUGGAAGUCAUAAUGGUAGAAAUUUAACACAACUCCUCACAACAAGUUCCAAAGAUUAUUUCAGUUCGCAACCGAAGCCAGAAAAUCAGAACACUAACCUCAUUAUCUCAACGACGGGAGUCACCGUGACGACAAAUUCUCCGGCAGUUUCUAGCCAAAGUACUACGACGAAUGCUCCUGUGCAGCGAUUAACAGCACAAGAUAUAUUAGACAAAAUACAAAAGCAUCAACAAGAGCAAGCUAAGGCUCAAGCAUUAGCCGCUGCCGCCGCCGCAAAGCUCCCGAAAUACUACAACCCAACAACUGUCAACGCCGUCAAACUCGCGGAGCAACAACAAAAGCGCAAGUUAUUGUGGUCCAAAAAAGAUGGUGAAAACACUAGUUCUGAAAGUAAAACUCUUUGGACAGCCACAUCUCUAAUUGCUGGAAAAGGUGAUUCUGCAGCUGCAGCUAAAUUUCGGAAAUUGAUGGGAAUUCAUGAUUCUUCUGAAGAAGUCGUGGACGGAAGUGCUGCUCAUGUCAAUGAAACUGAGGCUUUGCGUCGAGCUGAAGCGCAAGCUGAACUUUUCCGGCGACUUGAACACGAAUAUGAGAUGUCUCGUACCAUAACACAUACUCAGCGAGGCGCCGGUCUUGGUUUCAGCUCAUCCAGCCAUAUUGAUUACAAUGCAUAUUCUGCUAUGCAAAGUGAAAAAGACAAAAACCCUAGUUUAUGAUUGUAUUUAUCUCACUAGAAAUCACUUGUACAGCUCACUGAUAUUUUAAAGAAUAAUUUACCUAAUUAUUUUCAAA